UUAACGUAACUGCUCUAGCCUUCGAGCCCAUCUGGAUGGUGGUGGAGGAGAGGGCAGCGGACGGCAGCAAGGUCUCCCGCACCACGGGACGGGACUACAUCAUCCUGGAGACCAUUGCUGGGGCUCUCAACUUCACCUUCAGGGCCAUCCCUCCAACUAACAGUAAUGAUAUCAUGCAAGACGUAAGGACGCGGGUGUCCUUCUUGAGGUCGACGAAGGUGGCGCUGUUGUCCCUCCUCGCACAAAACCAUGACUCCACCUUCAUGAUCGAGGAAGCCACACUGACCUUCGCCAUGGCCAAGCCCCUGCUGCCACCUCGCUGGCAGAGCCUCUACCACCCCUUCAGCGGCCAGGUGUGGGCGGCUGUGGUCGGCCUUCUCUUCCUAGUCCCGCCCACUCUCCUGCUGGUUGCUCGCUCGGAGGCGACCAUCACCCCAGAGGAAGGAGAAGGACGGAGUCCCCCAGGACCCUUGCUGGUGACGCAGGACGUGGUGGGGACGCUUCUGGGGCAGGAUUUCACUAGACGCCUCCCCAGCAGGAGCUCCACACAGAUUGUGGUGGGAGCGUGGCUGGUGUUGGCCUUCAUCGUGGGCACGGCUUACCGGGGCAACCUUACUGCCUUCCUCACUGUGCUCAAGUACCCGCCCAGACCAGAGAACCUCGAGCAGCUCAUACAGACAGAUGCAAGGGUGGCGAUGCAUCCCGACAUCUACCUCUACUUCUAUAACUUCUACAAGCAGUCCAACUCUACCUUGUUCAGGGCCGUGGCUGCCCGCACCUACGUUGCCGCCUCCCACGCCGACGGACUCCAACAAGCCAUCAAGGAAAAAGUUCUUAUGGAGGAAAUUCAAAUAUUGUCAGAUCCAGUUAAAGACCAAAAUGAGUAA